AUGCCAAAAACUGCAUAUGAUAAGAUCGCACUUCUCGCACGAGUUCCUUCAAUUUAUCUGGAUACUAUCAGGAGGAGCACUGCAAUGCAAGUCCAUGCUAUGCCUCGGCUUGCUCCAUCAAAAGUUCCUUUGGCAUCUUCAAUCGCGCGUAAAGAGUAUCUCUCUUUUAUCAUCUGCUCUAUUCCAAGUCACGAACUCAGCCAUGGAGCAUCAUUCACUUACCACUUCCCAACACGCCACAUGGACGUCUUCUUGCACUGCCGCAAUGAUUUUAGAUGGGGUCAGCGCAUCACAUCCAUUGAACGCAACGCCUCCGAAUUAAAAACACCGUUCCUCAUCCCCAGCCUUCUCAUUAGGCAUAGUAUCAGUUUUAGACUAAUGGCUUUAGAUUCGUUCCACGAACGAAUUUACCAACUCGAGCGGAAGCUAAACAUUCGCUAUGAUGAGCACUCACUAAUCGAUUUCAUGAGCACAAACUUUGAGAUGAUGACCAAGGACGUCAAUAAGCUGAGCACGAAUCUAGGGUUCCACGUGUGGGCAGUGAAAUCGACGAGGCGAGAGCUGGAUUUCCUGGAUGGCGUCGCCGAGAAGUAUUAUGAUAUGGCCGUGAAUAAUGGCGGCGAUCAUGAAGAAGCUGAGGCAGUGAAAUGUCAAUUAUUGGAGAAUCAGGCAUAUCUUCGAAGCUGGAAUAAAAGUAUCGAAGAAAGAGCAGAGUACCUUUCCAAGCGCGCUCAAGCAUUAGUACAGACCGUAUACAGCGGUAUUGCACAGCGCGAUGCAGCGCUUUCACAGGGCGCUGCUAUUCUUGCUGCGCGUGAUAGCUCCAUUAUGCGGAUCAUUACCGCUAUUACCAUUAUUUUUCUUCCCGCGACUACUACCGCCACGUUUUUCAGCACUACUUUCUUUGACUUUGCGGCUGGACCAGACGAGAGUGUUUAUUCAUGGUGGCUGUGGCUCUAUUGGGUCGUCACUAUCGGUUUAACGGCCCUUGUGUUACUCGGCGCAAUUUUAUGGUGGAAGAAAAAAGAGGGCGAGAUAAUGGCGCUUGUUGGAACUACGGCGGUGCGAAAUGAAUCAAAAAGUGGCUGA